GGCGCGCGGGGUCGCCGCCAAAGCGCGUUUUUGCUCACGGGUCCCGCGGUUCCCCACCCUGGCACAGCCUCCAAAGAUCGGAGCGGGAGGCGGGAGCAGGAAAGAGGAACGGUAGGGAAGAGAGGGUUUAGGGGCCUGAAAGGACAGGCCGGAAAGACAGAUGGACGAGGACCGACGGUCGAAGCAGCAAAGGUAGGGGUGCGGAACGCGCGCUUAGACGGGCGCCAGGAUCUUAAAGGAGUUCAGGAACUAGGAAGGCAACUUCGGGGUGAGGAGGGGGUUCCCGCGCGGGAGCGGCUCAAGUUCAUCUGCGCGUGGACAGUGAGGACUCCUUCCGCCCGCCCGCCUCCACGGGAGCCCCGGCGAACGGAAACGGGCUCUCGGGCGAGUUCAGAAUGUCCACACAGGCCUGGACCUGAGCGUGCCGCAGCACCAGGAGGUGCGGGGCAAGAUGAUGUCGGGGCACGUGGAGUACCAGAUUCUGGUUGUCACCCGGCUGGCUGCGUUCAAGUCGGCCAAGCACAGGCCCGAGGACGUCGUCCAGUUCUUGGUCUCCAAAAAGUACAGCGACAUUGAGGAGUUUUACCAGAAACUCAGCAGUCGUUACCCAACGGCCAGCCUGCCCCCGCUCCCCAGGAAGGUCCUGUUUGUUGGGGAGGGCGACAUCCGGGAGCGGAGGGCCCUGUUCGACGAGAUUCUGCGCUGCGUCUCCAAGGAUGCCGAGCUGGCAGGCAGCCCCGAGCUGUUGGAAUUCUUAGGCACCAGGUCCCCUGGGGCCGCGGAUCUCAGUGGCAGAGAUGUCUCAGUCCUGGACGCAGACAGCCAAGCAGGGGACGAGGAUGCUUUGGACUUCUUCCAGCAGCAGGACCGCGUGGAAAAUGAGGGUCUCCCCACACUGGGCCAGCAGGACGGGGAUGCAGGGAAAUCCUUGGAGGAGGAGGAGGAGGAGGCCCUGGACCCUCUGGGCAUCAUGCGCUCCAAGAAGCCCAAGAAACGUCCCGCAGUGGCCAUGAAGCCCAAAGCCGCGCCCCGGCUCACCAUCUUUGAUGAGGAGGUCGACCCUGACGAGGGGCUCUUCAGCUCAGGCGGGAAGCCCUCUCCCCGGGGCCACGCAGAGGAUUCACCCCCCGGGGACCCCCUGAAGCUGUUUGACGAUCCUGACCUCGGUGGAGCUGUCCCCCUGGGUGACCCCUUACUGCUGCCAGCUGCCCCCCAGAGUGGAGGAGCCACACCCCGUGAAGGCCACAGGGAGGCCUCCGAGGAGCUGUUCAGAGUCGAAGAGGACUUGGACCAGAUUCUGAACCUGGGGGCUGAGCCCAAACCCCAGCCCAAGCCCCGGCCCAAGCCCAAGCCUCCAGUGGCCGCCAAGCCAGCAUUGCCCAGAAAGCCGGCCGUGCCUCCCAGAGCGGGUCCACCUGAGGCUGCGGCCACGCAGCAGCAGAAGCAGCAGCAGCAGAUCCAAGCCAUGGAUGAGAUGGACAUCUUGCAGUAUAUCCGGGACCAUGACGUGCCUGGCCAGGCUGCCCCCAGCCUCUUCUGACUGCCCCCCAGCCCCCAGACUGUGCCCAGACCAGCAGACCCUCUCCCAUGGAGGGGUGCCUGGUGAGGGGCGGGCUUUGCCCUGCAGGGCUGGAACCGAUCUAUUCCCAAGGGAGGGAGGGUGGCGGCCCGGGUCAGAGGACCCCUGUACUGCCUUCUUCCUUGUUCUCAGGGCUUGCGGGGUCAUGGAGCCCUGCACAAUGCAGAGAGCAAGGUCACCAGAGGAACA